CAAAGCUGGGCAGGAAGUGCAUCUUGUGCCUGAAGCUAGUUGGAACAUGAACGGGAGAAGCUCGUUUUCACACAUCUUCUGGGAUAACAAACUAAGCUUUUGACGAAAAAGGGGGGAAAAAACCCAACAAAGCAUCCUGGGACAUGGACAGUAGGAGAGGACGAGCGUGGGGGAAGCUUGUCAAAGUGGACUCCAGUGAAACUGUUCUGCUGUUCAACAGUGAAUGCACGGUUGGCAGAAAAAAAGGAUGUCAUCUUUCUUUUCCAGCGAAUAAACUUGUCUCAGGGGAGCACUGCAAGAUUGUGAAAGAUGAAAGCUCAGGGCUGGUGUGGCUUGAAGACAUGAGCACUAAUGGCACAGUGAUCAACAUGUCCAAACUGGUCAAGAAACAAACUCACAUGCUGCAGAAUGGCGACGUCAUCUACUUUGUGUACAGGAAAAGUGAACCUGAACAAAACAUCGCCUAUGUUUACCACUCCAUCAAAAUGGAUCAAACAGCUUCACCACACAAUUAUGGUUCAGAGAUGGCCCUCUCUGUAGAGCCUGUAAUGCUCUCAAAGGCUCCUCGGGAUGCAACUCGGGAGGAACCUCAACCCUCUACCUCUGCUUCACACUUCUGUAUUGAGACUGCUUACUCUUCUGGUGCCAUGGCAACCACAGGCUCUCCUGUGACUGGUGGGUUCUCUACUCACGCACUUUUAAAAGGCCAAGCUAACAAUCCAACCACUACACAGGAGGAAGAAACAGAAAACCUGGAGCCAAAAAGCAAGAGGAGGAAAACCGAUGAUGAUAAAUCUUAUGAAUUAGGUGUGCCAUGCACCUCAAGGCCAGAAGUGGUUAGUUCCUCAAAACCACCAGUAGAAGGGACUAAGACAGAUAAGAUGGAGGAAAGCUUGACAUGUGUUAUCUGCCAGGACCUGCUACAUGACUGUGUCAGUUUGCAGCCUUGCAUGCAUGUCUUCUGUGCUGCCUGCUAUUCCGGCUGGAUGGAACGCUCUUCCCUUUGCCCCACCUGCCGCUGCCCUGUGGAGAGGAUUCAUAAAAACCACAUUCUCAACAACCUGGUAGAGGCCUACCUCAUCCAGCAUCCAGAAAAGUGUCGCAGUGAGGACGACCUGAAAAGCAUGGACAGCCGUAACAAGAUAACUCAGGACAUGUUGCAGCCAAAAGUUGAGCGCUCUUUCUCUGAUGAAGAGGGCAGUUCAGAUUACCUCUUUGAGCUCUCUGAUAAUGACAGUGACUCCUCAGAUAUCAGUCAGCCUCUGGUGAUGUGCAGACAGUGUCCUGGCUACAGGAGUGAUGUGAACCAGCUCCUCUUUGCUUCAAGUUCAAGCUACUGGUUCCCCGGUCUGCCAAGUCUACAGCCUAUGCCUCCACCUCCCAACCCAGUUAGUGAGGAGGCGGCUGCAAAGGCCUCAGCAGAGAUACCCUCAACAUCCUCGGAUAAUAAUAAUGAGUCUCCUCAGGAGUACCGCUGCCCCCCUCAGGGCUGCCAUCUCAUAUGCACCUGCUGCCUCCAGCCAAUGCCAGACAGACGGGCCGAGCUCAGCAACCAGCAGGUUAUUGCUCAACAAUGUGUGCUGUGCCAACGACCUUUCUGUCAUAUGUACUGGGGUUGCCAGAGGAUCGGUUGUCAGGGCUGUCUGGCUCGAUUCAGUGACCUCAACCUGACUGACAAAUGCCUGGAUGGUGUGCUAAACAACAAUAACUAUGAAUCAGAGGUCCUCCGGAACUACUUAUCCUCCAGGGGGCAGUCUUGGAAAAAUCUGCUGAAGGACUCUUUGCAGGGUUUAGAGCAAGGAAACUACCUUCUGACAGAUUGUCGUAUCUCUGCAAACGCCAUCCUGUGUUUCUGCUGUGGCCUGCGAGCCUUCAAGGAGCUGGCCUACAAAUACAGACAGAACAUCCCUUCAUCUGAAUUGCCAGCUACUGUAACGUCUCGUCCAGACUGUUACUGGGGACGUAACUGCCGCACGCAGGUGAAGGCGCAUCAUGCAGCGAAAUUCAACCACAUCUGUGAGCAGACGCGUUUCAAGAGCUGAAGCAGCAGCGUGGCUCGUCUUCCCUCAGUCGUGUCAAAUUGACAUAACUGAACAUCUCGUACAUUCGAGGAGGCACAAUCACUUUUUGCAUCCAUUGUUGCUAACCGCCUUAUGCAAUAAUCCCAGUCAGAUAUUACAAUCAAGUCUCUAUGUACAGCAGUGGCAAGGGUGUCUCUUCAGUAACACUAUGCACAUUCAUAUAGAAUUAAUUGCAGAGUUUAGAAAUGUGUGACGCUGCUUCUCGGAGUGAAGACCUUAAUAGAUAAUUUACACAAUGAUGCCAUUUAAAUUCUCAUCUGUUGUUCUUACAUUAUCUGCCAUAAGCGGGUAAUCAACUAUUAUUUGCCUGAGCAGUUCAUUUAUUUGUAAGGUGAAGUAAUUAAGUUCUCCCUAAUAAAUCUGUUCUCCAGCAUGUGCAACAAAAAAUAAUGCGAAUAAGGCAAUCUGUAUGGAUUAGAGCCAUACAUGCUUACAAGCGCUUUCUAUGUACCCCCUUAGCCUGGGUAAGUUGAGGCUUAAUAGCCCUUAUGUGUAUUGACGUUCAUUAGCUCUCUUACUCGGUGUAGAAUCCAGAGCUUCCUACAACAUGAUACUGAUGAAAAUAUGUUGAUGUCAUUAGGGGAAACAGAAUAAUGAUUAAUAGUGUUAAGUAACAGAAAUUGUAUCAUGUUUAUUGGGCCAAGAGAACCAAAACUGCUGAAUUUAAACAAUAUUAUCAAAUGUAAAUGCCCAACCUCCAAGGGUCUUUUUCACAAGGGCAUUAGUCUGUUCCCAGGCAAAGGCGAAAAGCCAUGUAUAAGCAGCUCUCACAUAAUGGUGUAGAUUUGUAAUCCCAUGUGAUAGCUGUGUAGGACUUUGUCUGUGGGUAGGGGAUCAAUGAGUUGUAACACCGUCAGAGGGCCUGGAGGCCUCUGUUGUGUGCUUUUGCUCUGGAUAAUCAUCUCCAAAGUGAUUAAAGUAUAGUAGGAGGAACGCCUGGCGAGAGAUGCGUGGGAAGGGCUAAUCUGUGAUGAAAUGCACGGUUGCGUAGAACAGAGGGAAAAUAGCACUCCAAGCAGCUAGUAAUAGUUAAAUGUUUUAGUGGCAUGGAGGUUUGAUAUACUGCUCUUGCAGCAUGUAGUUACUGAACAGUUGUGCCAAUACAAACACAACAGUGCAUUCUGUUGUAAAGUUGUCAUUUGCAGUGAUUGCAGCUACGUGUUAUUAAGGCUUACCUUAGUUGACUUUGUUGGAUUUUGUCCAGUUUUUCUCUGGUUCUUUCCUCAGGUACAGAAAGCUGCUGGUUUUUGUUUUAUUUGCAGUAUAACCAUGUUUGGUGGUUCAAAAUUCUGUUAAGUCCUAUUGAAUCCAGUGACCAUUUGUUCAUCAUCACCCAAGUGUCAGAAACGCAUGCAAACAUGCACAGAGAACUUUUGAUGUCUAUUGUAAAGGUUGACAAAACAGCCUCUUAUGGCCUUAUUUAGUGUGGCCAGAUUUAAGCGUCCACACUCAUGGGGGCCUUAUAUAUUUAAAUACAAGGAUGAAGGAGUAGUCUUUUAGUUGACUUUUACCUAGGGUCACUGUAGAAAGUGCUGGAGGAUGAUGUAGAAACUGUUAAAGCAGGUGUUAGCUGUCAUCCAGUACAUUUUGUGUGAAUUCACUGGUGGUAUUGUUUUUCUACAUUUAUGUAGUAUUUUAGUUGACUUGAAGAGAGAGGGGAAAAAAAAAACAUACUGAGUCUAAAAAAUCUUAGUGUUUAUUUUUUACCGCUAAGAAUCUUUGCACAUAUUGUCGGCUAAUUUUUAUUUUGCUGGAUUAUAUCGAGCAUCAUGGGAAAACUGUCUGUAUCCAGUGUAUGGGAUAUAAGUAAGGCUCAAACUCUGAUUAGUAAUCAUAAAAACUUCCAUUCCACACUGAGAUGUGAAGGAGAAAUGCAGUAGCCAAGAAAAAAAAAAUCUCCUUGAUAAUUUGAAUCAGUUGUUCAUGUAUGGUUAAUUAAGAUUAACAUUUUCUGUGGUUAACGUGGAUGAAAUGUGUCGUUUGGGAAUGUAGCUCAUCAGGUUUUCAUUAGCGUACUGGUAGAAAAAUUGAAUUGUGAAUGGGGCGUUUUCCUGGCCUCUGCCUGAGCUCCUGAUUUGAAUUUGUUACAUUAGGUGUUUCUUGUCCUUUCUUUUACCCCCUCAGUUAUGGUGUGUCUACGUUAGCAUUCCUCAGCAGCUCAGGCCCUCAGCACAAGCCCGGUCGAUCCCCCGACAGAGUGGCUGAGUUUUAAUUAUUCCCUACAGGAGAUCUGGGCACCCUAAGCCAACAACAGUCCCAAGCCGCUCCAAUCAGGAAUUAGUAUUAGAGGACUUUGGAGAAGUGCUUUGCAUUCUCCCGACAGAGUGGUGUGUGUUUGGGGGGGGGGGAAUGAUUGUUAUGUUGUAUACUAAGGCAAAUAUUUACUCACUUUAUGUGCAAAACGUCUGGACCAAGCUGCUCAGCAGUAUGGAAGAGGCAGGUUUCAUUCUACCUCAUCACAGCUCCCAGGAAUGUGGGAACAAACAGGCAUCUGUCACAGUAACAUCAGCUAAGAGCUGGGCAUGCAUCUGUCGGUGUGAGAGAUGAAUGGAUUUUCGGAUGCCUAAAAACUAUUUGCAAUGCACUAUUUGAACAAUUAGUCUGGACUAUAAUCAACUGCUAGUGGGAGCAGCACUAGGCACAUGCAGAAAAUGUUUGGUUUUCAUUAUGAGAAGUCUCUUUACACUAUGUUGUAUUCUACAAUUGUCUUUGAAAAAUACGUAUGGAUCUGAUUUUGCUGUUAAUCUUACCAUUAAAAAAUGAUAGCUGAAAGUAAAAACUGGCUUGCUUUUGUUAACUUAAGUUACUAUGGAGUUU